AGUACAAUUAUUUUUAUUGUUUUCCAUUUUCAGUGUCUUGCAGUGGUCUUGAUCUUGGUUAGGGUUAUAAUUUAUUAAUCCAAACUGAAUAACUUUAUAACAUUUACACACAAGUACUCUCACACUUAGUUUACACUCCAACAUCAACAUAAAUCACUUGUAUAAAUAUAUGUGGGUUAAAAGCAAGUAUCGACAUCAAUGUUGUGCGAAAAAAAUUUAAAACCUCGAGUUUUAAAAACAAUUAAAAAUUAUUCCAAUGAUCAGAAGACUAAAACAAAUCACGACAAAGUACCAGCUACUGUUGCUGAUCAUUAUUAUAAUUAUUUAAUAUCCGUUGUCUUGUCUGGGUUUAAAGACAUACCUGUUAAUCUUUAUCGUGCCAUUGUCGAGGAUACUGAUUAUUACAAAGUUCUCCAGCUGCCUGUACAUGAGCUUAUCGACCAGGAAUUUAUCGCGGCCUUUGUCAAAAAAGGUGAACUGACAUUAGUAUCUGCCGACCAAAACUUGACAACCGACAACAGCAUCUGCAUAACUCCAACAGGAUACUUAGUGCUUUCACUCCUCGCAUCAGAUUACCAAGAACUAGGUCUAGAAGGUUCGCCUUCAUUUUUCUCUCGGCAGCGCAACCGCUUCAUUGUCAAAAUAAAUGUAAAAGAAGAAACAUUCGUGGCAGGAAACAAAAAGUACGAACGUGUUAAAAAAUGUUUGGAAAAUAAUUUUAAACACAAGUUCGAUGUUAUUGUAUCGUGGGACCCUCCAGGAGAAAAAGUAUGUCCAUCAUCCGUAGCAUCGUGGUUCAAUAAUCGGGGUCAUAAGACGUUUGUUUGCCAUCAAAAAUCGAGUAAAAAAUUUAAUUCGUCAAUAGAUGCACCAGAUGGUGACUCGGAAAAAUUAUUCUCGUGGAUGGAUAAUCUUCCAAAUUCAAUAAAUAAUGAUGGUGAAUCGGAUAUCAAAAAAGAUAUUUUAUACAUUGAGUGCCGUGGAUUUUUUACAAGGUCAAGAGUAAUUAAAAUCUUCAACAUCAUGAAGGAAUUAUUAAACUCAUCAGAAAACACUGGGGAUGAGUUCUGGGGAUUACAUGUCCGAGGUUUUGACAACAGCCCUGUAAGUUGGGGAUUGAAAGAGCAUGCAGUGAUUAACAAUGACGGUACUAACAAUUACACUGUAAUUUUAAAACACAGUGAGAUUAUAAUACAAAAAUGUCUGAGCUCAAGUAGUCGGCCGAAAAAUAAAUAAAUUUUUAAUAAAUUGAAUUUUAUUGUAAAUAUAAUUUUAAUUUAGAUUUUAAAUUAGGCUGAUAAUUAAUGGACUAUCACAAAUAGUUGCUAAGUGACUAGUAGAUAAAUAAUCGAUGUAUAAAUAUUUAAGCUUGAUAAUUAUUAAUUAUAAUUAAUGAGUGAAAGUAUCGCAGACUAACGAGAUCAGGCUUUGCCUUAAACAAAUAAAUCCAAGCAUUACGGCCUAAAUAAAAAGGCACUA